UAGCGGGCGGGAGCAGGAAGCGGGAGGUGCCGCGGGGAGGCGCCGCGCCGCACAGCCCUGCGCCGCGCAGCCCUGCCCUACCCCGCGCAGCUCUGCCUUCCCCUGCCGCCCUGCCCAGCACAGCCCUGCCGCCGGGGCCCGCUCCCGCCCGACACAGUCAAGCCCAGGAGAAGGGUCAUUCUGACCUGUUUCAGAGCCCUGUCAGGUUCCAGAGAAGACGACAGAGGACUACACUCUCCCUAGCCAGCACACUCCUUAGGGUUAAGGGCAAGGUCUUCUGGUCUGAAGCAGAGAGUGACAAGAGCUGAUCUGUCUCUGAAUCUGUCAUGGAACAGAUCAAUGGAUCUGUCCAGAUGGAGCAUGCACUGCUGUAUGCCUUCCUGGAGGUAUCCUCUGACUGUAAGUUCAGAGAGCAACUGCAGUCCCUGAAAAGCCUGAGGACUGUGUAUUCGCAAGGCGGCAUCUGCGAUGAUGAUGAGGCAGAACUUCAGACUGAUGGCAAUCGGAAUGGCCACAUGCAGAAUGGUGGGCUAGUGUUUGACCCUGAGAUAAAUGAAGAAGUGGUCAGGAUCAUUGCUGCUCAGCUUGCUGAGAUUGGAGACCAGUUUGAAAGAGAAAUCGAAGCAAGAGUAGUAAAUGAUCUAGUGCAGCAUUUUCUGAAUGAGAACCUGUCUGGAGAGGAAAUAGCUCGGCGCAUGUCACAGGUAGUGGAAGAGCUUGUACGAGCCAUCCCCUCAGACAUGGAACAGGAGAAGGCCAUGUUGGUGAUAGUAAUGGUCUUGACUAAAAAAAUUGCAAAUACUAUGCCUUCCCUUCUACAGCAUGUCUUCAGCACCACUGUGAACUACAUGAGCCAGCUCCACAACUACAUUGUCAGAAUGCUGCGUGAGUAAGCUCUCCAGCUCUGUGUGGAGAAUGUGGAUUCCUGAAGACUACCUACUUUUAUUGAUGUAGACAAAUAACAUUUUCUGUUCUUAACUUCUGAGAUGCAGCUGUGAAAGGGAGGGUAGAGCUUCAUAGAUAGGCUUUUGUAGACUAGCACAGCAAUAUGAUAGUAGUGUGAGCUGUGUGUCAGCUCUGCCAGUACCUGUAAGGAGUAGUGCUUGCCUUAUCUCAUUUUAUAAUAGUGUUUUUUCUUACCUUAGCAAUAGCAGCCUUUGUGGAGACCAGAGGAAAUGCUGUGAGCACAGAGCCUGCCCUCUCAGUAUUUUAUUUUCUAAUCAGCACUAGCAUUUAGCUUUAGUUAUUCUCUUCCCAGCCCUCCUCCUGGUGCUACUGCUGAGCCAUGCCGAGUGUUAAUUGUUCCCAGGAAGGCUUCAGGCUGUAGAAUGGGUGGUUGAUCAACACAGAUCACUGAGGGGGAAGGGUAAAAAAAAAAAAAAUCAAGUCUGUCUUUAGAGGGAAGCUGGCAGGAAAGUACUCUAAAGGAGGGUUAGAUGUGUUUGGCCAGGACAGGCUGAAGUAAAGAUGCUUCGGUAUCAAUUGUGAGCUACUGCUUGCUUGAAAAAAAACUGAAUGAGAACUUGUAAAGAAAAGGAAGGAAUAGGUGCAGGACAGAUUGUUUCAAGGAACACAACCUGGAUAUACUUGAGGAAAUGUGUUUAGCUUUAGAAUAUCUUGCUGUAAAGAGAAUGUUAUCAGCCUUGGAUCAGGAAGAAUAUAUGAUAUCUCAUGUCUGUGUAUUGUAGUCAUCUCAGGUUCAACAAACUUGAACUCAGGUUGUUUGAUACAUUUGUAAUCACACAGAAGGUGGCAAAUACUUCACCUGUGAUCCAGCUGCCUCAGAAGUUUUGAAGUUAUGUAAAUAUUUUGUGGGGGGUUUUUUAACUUAAAUAAAAUUCAGUUCUCAUGGCAA